UGUAUUAAGACAUUUUGAAAAUGUUGAUUUGGUUGAUUUUGCAAAAUUUCCCUGCAAUAAUCCUUCGAAACAUGAAAAAAGUGCACAAGAAACUAAUUCUGAAGAGGAAAUGAAAAAAAAGGAAAAUGACUCAUUUGUUUUUCCCGGAAUUUGACAAAAUUUUGUUGAUUUGGUUGAUUUUGUUUACUGCGGUAUUUCUUUACGCGUAGUAAAAGUAGAGGAAAGAGACGUAGAAAUUUCCAUGCGGUCAAUUUUUUUUGUAAACAAAGAAGAAAAUUGUGAUGCAAAUUGCAAAAAUUGUGAGAUUGUGUCUCCUGAGGAAGCCAUCGUGGGAUUCCUUCACAAAUCCUGCCAGGGUGCAGCUCCACACGGCAGUUACAGCCAGAAGAAGUCUUCAAUCUGAGAGGGAACAUGUGGCGAAAAUCACUGAUCCCGACACUUUUGGCCCAGCCACACAAGCUGAAGCCUUCGAGGAUUUUGAGGAUCCUGGGGAUGUAGCAGAGCAUGAGAGGAUAUCCCACAAACCCAGUAGGUCACAGCAGCUGAGCACGAAGCAAUACGCGGAUAUAAUAAAGCACCACAUCAAGAAUCGGAAGAUUAAGGAAGCCAUCGAUGUGCUGGAGGAGAGGAUGAUCAAGGAGGAUCGCGUGAAGCCUGAGAACUACAUCUACAACCUCCUAAUUGGGGCAUGUGGACGUCUGGGGUACACACACAAAGCCUUCCAGCUGUACAAUCGCAUGAAGCAGAGGGAUCUGAAGGUAACCGGUGGGACCUACACGGCGCUCUUCAAUGCCUGUGCCACCUCCCCGUGGCCCGGAGAUGGUCUCAAGCGUGCCAAUCACCUCAGGGAUGUUAUGCUACAGAAGGGCUAUGAGCCCAAUGUGACCAACUACAAUGCCAUGAUCAAGGCGUACGGACGCUGUGGGGACAUCACCACGGCAUUCCAGAUUGUUGAUGAGAUGCGCGCCAAGAAGCUCAAGAUUGACGUAAUCACCAUGAAUUUCCUCCUUCAAGCUUGUAUUGCUGACAAGGAUUUCGGCUUCCGGCAUGCCCUCUUGCUGUGGCACAAAAUGCGCUCGAGGAAACUCCUCCCGGACGCCUUUUCCUUCAACCUCCUCCUCCGAUGUGUCCGGGACUGUGGCCUUGGUGAUUUGGAGACAACAGAAGGGGUAAUUAAGGAAAUCUUGGCUGGAUCUGUGGCAGCACGGAAUACCAAAAUGCUCAGUAAUCCGGAAAAUCCAUCUCCAGAAGAAUCCACAGAAAUUACUGAAACGAUUAAUUCGGAAAAUUCUUCUUCAACACCAAAUCUCAUCUCCACUUCCCCUCAUUUGGGCAAUCUUGUGGCUCUUGGGGAAGUGAAGAAACCAGAAGAUAGGCUUCUUCUUUUGGGCGGGAUGACGGGUUUUCUCGAGGAGAUGCGCAUUUGCAACGUUGCGCCGGAUAUAAAAACCUUCACGGAAUUAAUUGAGGUGAUCCCACCAACAUUGGCAGCAGAGAAACUCCUCCUGCGCUUCAUGAAGGACCUCAAUGUUAAAGCUGACAUUGACUUCUUCAACAUUCUCAUCAAGAAGCGCAGCAUGAGAUUUGACUAUGAGAGUGCAAAGGAAGUCCUUGGGAUGAUUCACACAGCUAAACUUCUUCCGGAUAUUGUAACGUACGGCGUAAUGGCGCUGGGAUGUCAGACUCAAGCGGAAGCUGAGGAAUUGCUGAUGGUGAUGAAGAAUAAUGACAUUCGGGUCAAUGCAGCAAUUCUGGGUGCAAUGCUCCGGCAGGGAUGCAGUAAAAACAAUUUCAACUACGUCAUGUACAUCCUGGAUCUCUGCGAAUGGGAACAGAUACGGCCAAAUCAGCAAUUUGUGAAGCAUCUCCUGGAGUUUGAGAAAAAGUGUCGGCAGUGGCUGAAACAUGGGACGCCCUACAAGGAAAUUCGGUAUUUUACGAGAGAUUUCAAGCGUUUCCAGAAGAAGCUGGAAGAGUGGAAGGCAAAGAAUGACCUCGAGAAUAAAUCAACAGAAGAGAUCUUGAGGAAAUUCUGGGAAAAUCCCUACAAACAGUUCAAGGAAAACCAACCAGAAGGGUAUGAGGAUGAGAAGAAUCCCAAACUUCGGCAUGAGAAAAAAUUAAUGCGGGAGCUGAAAGAGUUGCGAUUGUAGAAAAAAGAGUAAUUAAAAAUAUUUUAGAAAUUGUUUAAAAAAA